AUGUCAAGUUCUGAGCAAUCCAAAAAUGAAACUGGAUGUGGUUUUAGUGACGUUAAACCACUUGAAGUAUUUGAAUACCCUAGUCAAGCAUCAAAAAUUAUAUGGAGUGUCAAUUCCGAGAAUAUUAUUCAAAUAUCUUCACAAAUUAUAGAAUUAAUUACAAAUAACAAAAUACCUAUCCAAAUGGCAACUUAUUUGAUUGAUACUUUUUCACAAAUGCGUGUUAAAGAUAUUAAAAUAUUUACAGAACUUUACCAAUUGGUAUCAAACGAAUUUUCAUACAUCGUCAAACCGGAAAAUAUUAGGUUAGCAACGCUUUUGCAUUAUAAAGGUUUCAAAUUUGAAAAUUUCGAACCUAAAAUGACAGAAGAAGAUGUUUUCAAUUUGUAUUCAACAGAAUCUCCUUUAUAUUAUAUUGUAUGGGAUAAAGUUGAUGAACUUAAAUCUAAAUUCUCAAACCUUGAUAUUAAUCAGAAAAUUUAUGAAACCACACCAAUGGAUUAUGCAAUUAUAUAUGGAUCAGAAUUGUGUUUCAAUUACUUGAAAAAUUUAGGAGCUAAAUACACUAAUUACUCCGAAGAAUAUGCUGUUCAAGGCGGAAAAAAAACAUUUUUAUGCAAAUGA